GUGUGAGCGCCGCGACGCCUAGAACAGCACUGUCGUCGUUAAACGUUGUCAUCAUCGUUGUCGUCGCCCUCGUCAUCAUCAUCGUCAUCGUCGUUCCCGUCAGUGUGGAUUUGGCGACGGUUUCACGGUUUCCCUGAUCCUCGUCUUCCUCAUCGUCGUCGUCAUCGUCGUCGUCGUCGUCGUUGUGGUUCUUUUCGAUCGAGUACCGUCUGUCUUCGUCGUCCUCGUCGCCGUCUGCGGUCAUCGUCAUCGUCGUUGUCAUUGUCAUCAUCUCAUUGUUCUCGAUCAUAUCACAGUGGUGCUGGCGCUAUCUGAGAAGCACGCGACUACUUGGAGCGAUUCUGUGCGCGAGUCGCAGUCGACGCGGGAAGAGAGAGACAGACAGAGUGCAGUUACUACCCCUCGUCCCUCUCCUCCUACUUCGUCUAUCUGUGUCUCCUGCAAUUCCUCUCUUUCUCCUCUUAUUCAUCCUCUCUCUCUUUCUCUGUAUGUGCACGCUCUCGCCCUCUGCUGCAACCCUUGCUGCCGCCAUCGCUUUCUCUCUCUCUCUCUCUCUCUUUCGUUCUUACUAUCAAGUUCGUUUCUUGCACAACGAUAUUUCACUGCUUGUUGUACCGUAUUCGGCCACUGUACCAUCGCUGUAUUUUUCUCGUUAUCGUUGACUCACGUGCGACGUUAUAUAGAUAUACGGCGCUCUUCGAGACAGAUCUUGAUUUUCACAUCCCGCGAGUUUUCUCGUCCGCUCCGAUAUCUCUACGAUACGACUACUGCACAGCAGAAGCAAGUGAAACGGCGGAUGAGAGCGCAAAGGAUAGAGAAAUGAAGUAAAUUAGAGGGAGCGAGAAAGAGAGAGAGAGAGAGAGAAGGGAAGACUGAAAAAGGCGACGCGCAGAAGAGGACGAAGGAUGUGUAGACGCCGUAACAUCGUGCCUGCAGGAUCUCCAAGGUGGACAUUCGUGUAAGAAAAUAUACUCACGUGACGGGUCCUCAAACUUUGCCCCGGGCGUGCAUUCUCGUGUCUAGAGAGGAAAAGAGGGGAGAGAGGAGUCAGGGCGCUUGUUACACGGACAGGGAGGGCGUUAGAGCGAGAGCGCGGGAAAGAGAAAGAAAGAGAGAGAGAGUGUGUGAGUGUGUGUGUGAGAGAGAGAGAGAGAGAGAGAGAGAAGCAGCGAACGGGAUUGAUAGAGGGUGGCUAGGAGGGGAACGACAGAGAAGAAGAUAGCGAUGCUCGAACGUGAUGCUAUGCACAACCGCGAGGGUUGUUCCGAACGACAACGGGCUCUCUUUACAUCCUGCGGACUGCUGUAAACUACGAUAUAAUCGUCCUUCAAACUCCCCCUUGACCUCCUCAUCAUCGACGUAUCGUGACUGCAUUGUCGUCCGCGCUGCAAGAUGAACGAUCGAUUUCUGGGGAAAUGCUACGUAAUGCACUGUGAGACAACGAGAUGAAAUCGCGCGGUAUUAUUAUUCGAAAGAUCCGAAUCGAUUCGCGUCGCAUCGAGUAAAACUCGACAGUGGUGAUGCGCGGCCAGAUAAUUAUGAUAACCGAGCGUGUUUUUAUCGCAAUGUUGUCGAAACAAUCGAAGAACGUAUACGAAACGCACAUGUGAUCCUGCAUCGAAUUGACUAGCCGCUCGGACCCCACGUGUGCGAACGCAUCCUUCGAGGAGCAGAUCAUUCUCCAGUAACCGUUUCAGAAUGAACGUAACGGCAAUCUAUAACGCUGCGAGCACCGUGGCAAACGUCGUCAAUGUCGAGUCUGAAAUAAAUCUGAACAAGGCGUUAAAUGGCAUCGACGGUGAUGUUUCGCUAGUUACCUUGUCGUCGGCCUGGUCCAGAGUCGCCCGACUUCUGUUGUUGGCUUCUCUCGCUGUCGGCGGGAGCGUGGGCAAUGUCUUCAUGAUAUCCGCCGUGGUAGUAGAAGAUCAGCUCAACAAACGAGGAAACGCAUUCCUCGUAAACGUGGCGCUGGCGGAUCUGGUGGUAACCGGACUGGUAAUACCGGUCUCGGUGAUUGUAAUCCUGGCGGGCCACGAAGAGUCCCUGGCUACCUGCCGAUUCGAGUGGACCCUCGAGGUCCUUUGCUUUUUGGUGACCGUACUGACGCUGGCCGCAAUCGCCUUCGAAAAUUACGCACGUCUGUGUCUGCCCGCCGAAAGAUACGCCAAUGUAACGGCAUGCCAUAUAACAGCUGUAAUUGUUUUCUUCUGGCUGAUCGCCGUGAUUGCGGUGGUCUUACAAUCAACCUUCGACGUGGGUCCUGACUUUUGUCUCCGCAAGCUUAGCGGCAUCGCGAUGGAGCAAGCGGUGGGUGCGAGCCUGCUGGUCGGGAUGCCUGCUCUGAUAACGAUUUUCUUCUACACGAAGCUGGUGUUGCGCGUGCGACGUGUCACGCGGACGUACAAACCGCCGGCCGCCUUCUCCUGGGACUACGAGCUCACCAAGACGAACAUGUGCAGCUGCUUGAUGUUCGCCGUGUUUUGGCUGCCGUUCGGUGUGGCGGUCUGCGUGAAUUCCUUCAGGCCGGUCAGAGCCCGUAUACUCUACAAUCUGGCCUGGUUCGCUCUGUCCAAGUCCUGCUUCAAUAAUCUGCUCUAUUGCGUAGUGGACCGCCACUUUCGCAGCGCUUACGUCAAGCUCUUCCACUACUGCUGUUGCAAGACUACGGUGAGUUUUUCAAGGAGGCCACGCGGCGGCGAGGGUGGUAGAAAUUCUAGCGAUGUACGUCUUAGAGUGCACAUUAUUCACUCGUACGCGAGUCCGUCGUCCUGUCGACCGGCCGUGGCCAGACCGAACGGACGUGACGUCUACGAGCUCUAGACGCAAUACAACGCGCGUGCAGGACGCACAAAACAGGACGAUAAAGAUAUCCUCAUUCAGCCAUCCGGACCGGCUUUUCUGUGCGAUGAGAGUCCAUUCUUGCGAGAUGAGGCAAUCAUUGUGUCAACGCACAAACAAUGUUGCACCCGAACUGUCUCCGAUAUAACUUUACAGAGAGAAUUAAUUGGUCUCUCGAUUCUUACGGUUCGUUCUUUGAUAACAGUUCUUUGAAUUAUUUUUGCGUCGAAUGAAGCUCUUCCUGUUUUUACAAGGAUAUCAAGCACAAGUUUCUUUUGAGACAGAGGUAAUUAAUUUUGGCACAA